UUUAACCUCUAUGCUAUACUGGUUGGGACACUGCCAGCGGUGGUCAUAUCCCUGUUCAUCGGCUCCUGGACUGACACCUAUGGAAAGGCCAAAAAGGUGGUGCUCAUUGCCAACGCCGUCACUUCCAUUCUCGAGGCCCUCAUACUUAUACUCAAUGAUUAUUUCAUUAACGCAUCCCAUUAUGCAAUAAUAGCGUCAAUGUUACCACAUAUGUUGACCGGCGGAGUGUUGGCCCAAUUCACUGCCAUCUGGUCAUACAUUGCUUCGACAACUCCUCCGCAUAUGCGGGCCAUCCGAAUGGCAUUCGCAGAGGUAGUGCUCGGAAUAGCCGUCCCGUUGGGCAUAUACAUGGGUGGUCUGGUACUCAACACAGGGACAGUGUUCACCGGUGCCGACCAUUUAUACAACUACUCGGGUGUGUUCGCCAUAAUAGCUGCCACCUAUUUAUUAGCCCUUUUGUGGACCGUAUAUAUGGUGGACGAGGAGAACGAUAUCAAACAGUGGAUCCAUUUGUUCAGCAAAGGGUCAGACACCGAGUCGGGCCCCGAUAUCCAGCAAACUUUCAUCAAAAAUAAAUUACAGACAUUUGAGGCAAACAAAGACAAAAAUCCAUUGAAAUUGUUGUUAAAUGUGAAUAAUGUUAAACAAAUGUUUGCCACGUGUGUGAAACGGCGGCCAAACUACGUGCGACUCCAGAUAUGGCUACUGUUCCUGUCGAUGGCCUGUUGUCUGAUCGCACACAUCGGGCCAAUGAUAUUCUACUAUCAGUUCUCGCAGAAAGUGUACGCCUGGGACUCAAAGGUAUACAGCAAUGCCAACGCUAUCGCCAGCAUUGCCAUCACUUUGGGCACAAUGAUUAUCGCACCAAUACUGCUCAAGGUAUUCAAACUAAAAGACACGACAAUAUCGUUGGUAGGAUUGGUGUCAUAUUUUAUCAAAAACAUUGUAAGGGGUGUUGUGUUGACUUCCGGCGGGUUUUACUACUCGUUAAUACCCGGGUGUUUGGGAGGAUUGGCUACAGUCGGCAUUCGGUCCCACUUUUCAAAGAUCAUACGUUCGGAUGAAUUGGGAAAAGUGUUCAGCGCUUUGUCGGCGAUCGACGCCUUCGCGCCCCUCAUAUCUGCCGCCGUCUUCACCGGUAUAUUCAACGCCACAAUGGAUUCAAUGCCCGGUCUGUCCCUUAUUGUGGUGGCGCUGAUCCUAAUCAUACCCUUUGCGGUGAUCAUU